UUUUGCUACGGAAUGGCGUAAUGAAUAAGCCCCAGAGAGAGGGAGGGCGGAGAACACGGACGGCGCACACAGGGAAGGGUACUGAGCGAAACAGAUGGUUAGUGCCUCGCUACAAAACCCCCGGAAGACUGGAUUUAUCGAUAUGCUGGGCUCGAACGCACCGACUUUCCUAUUAAAGUGUAAUAUGAAGUAAACAACCGAAUAGCUGUGAUGAAAUGAUCGGGUCUUAUGUCGUUGGUUUUCAGUUUCACUGUGUGGCGUUGUAGGCUGGGUUGGAGCUGUGUGUGUAUCACAUCCAAAUGGAUCAGUAGAAGGAUGCGUGUAAACGAUUGGAUUUUAAGACCGUAACACGCUAACAUUAGCCAACUGCACACAUGGAGACUAAACACACGACUGCAGCCCUGACUACUCAGGACUUGGAGCGGGAAAGAGAAAGACAGUAUUGUGAACUUUGUGGGAAACUGGAGAAUCUCCUCAAGUGCGGCCGGUGUCGAAACUCGUUUUACUGCAGCAAGGCGCACCAGACGCAGCACUGGAAAACGCACAAGCUCAUUUGUAAAGAAUCUGUGGCGAAGUCGCAGGUUUCAAAAGAGACGCCUGCUGAACGUCAGGCACCGUCUGGGGAUUGGGAGAAAGGACAGACACUACCGCAACAAAAGACCUGCGCUGCAUCUCGGAGUGGAGAGACUAUAAUGAAAGGGUUCAUAACAAACGCAGAGAGCGCGGUGUCCUCGGUCGAUAAGCCAGGCUGGUCGAAUAACCAUACCAAACCCAACGGACAAACCACCACCCGGUCCACGACUCAGAAACUCGCCAGGGAGUACAUCGUACCGUGUAUGACUAAGCAUGGGAUAUGUGUAGUUGACAACUUCCUCGGCGGGGAAACGGGGCUGGCCAUCCUGGAGGACGUCAAAGUGCUGCAUAAAACCGUGAAGUUUACCGACGGUCAGUUGGUCAGUCAGAAAAGUGACUCUAUUAAAGACAUUAGGGGAGAUAAGAUCACAUGGAUCGAGGGCCGAGAGUCCGGGUGUGAGAAGAUCCGCUUCCUCAUGAGCCAUAUGGAUGAUCUGGCCAGACAUUGUAAUGGUCAACUGGGAAACUUUACAAUAAAUGUAAGGACUAAAGGCCUGAGGUAUCUACUGGGUACACAGGGCCUGAGGGAUCUACUGGGUACACAAGACCUGAGGGAUCUACUGGGUACAAAGGACCUGGGGGAUCUACUGGGUACACAGGACCUGAGGGAUCUACUGGAUCCCUCAGGCCCUGUGUACCCAGUAGAUCCCUCAGGCCCUGUGUACCCAGUAGAUCUCUCAAGUCUUGGUGUACCCAGUAGAUCCCUCAGGCCCUGUGUACCCAGUAGAUCCCUCAGGGCCCUGUGUACCCAGUAG